CAAGUGCAAGUACCCGGCCUCAUCCCGGGUUUAAAUACCUGCAUAUCAUAGAUUAUCGUCAUUGUGCAGUGAUACUAGCAGGAAGGCAACAUGAGAAGUUUCUUGGUUUUAUCUGCCUUCGUGGCUUUGACUCAAGCCAGGCCAGAGGCCGGAUACUCCUACAGUUCGCCCGGCGGGUCCGGCGGGUUCGGCGCCUCGGGGCCCUCCAGCAGUUACGGAGCCCCCUCAGGCGGAGGCGGAAGCUUCGGAGGCGGCCACGGGGGUGGCUCUUCCUUCGGGGGUGGCCACGGAGGUGGUUCCUCCUUCGGAGGCUCUUCCUUUGGAGGUUCCUCCUCCUUCGGCGGCGGUUCCUCCUUCGGCGGCGGUUCCUCCUACGCGGGCGGCAGCUACAACCAAGCUCCCUCCGUCCAGAAGCACAUCUACGUCCACGUCCCGCCCCCAGAGCCCGAGUAUGCAGCCCCCUCCAGGCCGCAGUACCAGCCACCCGCGCCCCAGAAGCACUACAAGAUAAUCUUCAUUAAGGCACCCACGCCACCCACUCCCACCGCCCCCGUCAUCCCCCAGAUCUCGCAAGACUCCGAGAAGACCCUCAUCUACGUCCUCGUCAAGAGGCCCGAAGAACAGCCAGAGAUCUCCAUUCCCACUGUCGCUCCCACUCAACCAUCCAAACCCGAGGUCUACUUCAUCAGGUACAAGACACAGAAGGACGGAAGCGGCGGAUCUUUCGGCGGUGCUGGAGGUGUUGGAGGCGCGUCUUUCGGCGGUGACAGCGGAAGUUUCAGCGGCGGCAGUGGAGGUUUCAGCGGAAGCAGCGGCGGUUUCAGCGGGAUCGGUGGCGGUAUCGGCGGUGGCUCAUCUAGCGGCGGUUUCAGCGGUGGCUCGAGCAGCGGUAGCACGGGUGCUUUCUUCGGCGGCUCCGGCGGUUCCCACGGUGGAAGCAGCGGCGGCUCAUCUUUCGGUGGAAGCAGCGGCGGCUCAUCUUUCGGUGGAUCUCAUGGCGGUAGCUCUUUCGGCGGAAGCCACGGCGGCAGCGGCCCCUCGGGACCCUCCUCGUCGUACGGAGUCCCCAGCGCCGGCGCCGGUGGCUCAGGAGGCUACUAGACUCUCAACUCUGUUAGGAAUUAUCAAAUUUCUCUUCCUAUUCUCGCAGUGCCUCCUCCUCGGAGGCGCCAUUACCAUGCCCGGCCAGGGCAAAACUUAGUGAUUUAUU